CUGCUGAGUCUGAGGGUGACGCGCACACACACUGGGAUGUCCCUGUACAACAACGGAGCCAAGAUGCCUUCCCCACAGGAAGCAUCAAAUGGCUUCUCUCAGCCUGGGGCCUCUGGCACCUGGCACAAGCCUGAGGAGGAGGUGCGGCUAGUGGAGCCUAGCUUGGUGAAGAAAGCUCAUCGGGAAAUCCUGGACCAUGAGCGCAAGCGGCGGGUGGAGCUGAAGUGCAUGGAGCUACAGGAGAUGAUGGAGGAACAAGGGUACUCCGAAGAGGAGAUCCGGCAGAAGGUGGGAACCUUCCGGCAGAUGCUGAUGGAGAAGGAGGGCGUACUCACCAGGGAGGAUCAGCAUGGGCGUCAGAUAGUGAUAGAAAACCACCAUAUGGUGGAUGGAGAGGAGUAUGCCAUGGAGUACCCUGAGUACGGAGAGGGCUGCCCGCUGCAGUGUGACUGUUCAGCUGACUGCUACCGAGAUGACAGCAGCCACAGAGAAUACAGGCUGAAGAGGAGGUCGAGCAGCUCCACCUCUCCCCCACCCAAGAAGAAAAAGAAAAAGAAAUCAGGACAUCGCCGGAGCCGCAAAAAGAGGAAACCUGGCUCCGAGCGCAGUGGGGACAGCUCCUCACCAGUCCGGAAGGAGAAAAAGAAGAAGGCUGGGAAGAAGCACAGACGAGACAGGUCUGAGUCUGGAUCCCGGAAGAAGAGAAGACACAGGUCCAGAAGCCCCAAGAACAAAAGGAAAGAGAAAAACAAAGAGCGAAAAAGAUCCCAUAGUGGUUCUCCUGCCCGGAGGUCCCACAGACACAGCAGCUGCAGCUCCCACAGUGCUUCACUGUCUUCAAAUUACAGCAACUCCAAAUCUCCCAGCAGACUCAGCCCCAAGCAUAGGGAGGAUGGACAGAAGGCCAGCAGCCACCGUUCCAGCUGGAGCCCGUCCUCCUCUGGCACCUGCCACAGCCGCUCAGCCACACCACACCAGAACGGGCAUAAGGGCAGCGCCCAGAAUGGUCGGCACAGCCACAGCAACCUGGUCAUAAAACAGCAGGAUAGGCUGGACUCCGCAUCCCCUUCUUCAAGGGCUCAUGUCAAGACUGAGUUGCUGUCGCCCCGCUCCAAGAGUAGCAGACAUGGCGCCAGGAGCCCCAGGUCAAUGUCACCAGAGAAAGGAGGCCGAUGCUCUGGAGUGGACAAGCAUUCUCACCGCCGGCGCUCCCGCUCCACCUCACUGCACAAACACAAGGGCCGGAGCAAGGCCAAGCCCUCAGCCCAGAAGGAGUCACCCCGAUCACUCAGCAACACAGGCUACAGUAGUGAUUCGGAGGGAUCAGCCUGCUCCCACCCCUACCACAUGAUGCCAGGGGUGGAGAAGAACCAUGGGGCUCAUGCAAAAAAGGUGAAGGAGAGACACCAUCGUGGCAGGCCAAACAGCAGCUCAGAGUCACCUAUCAAGCAUUCCAGGCACAACUCAGAAAGAAAGAAGAGCGUGUCCCGGAGCACGGGCCACCGGAGCAGUUCCUGGAGCUCCAGUGGGUCCUUGUCCAAAUCCCGGUCCAGAUCUCGGGAGAAGAGAGCAGCACGGAGCAGGACUCGGUCUCCUUCACAGAAAAAAACUGCAAGCAGAGAGAAAGACAGUGAGCCCCGAAUACGCCACAGUGAUACUGAUCCCACCCGGCCCCGGCGCCGCUCCAGAAGUUAUUCCCCCAUCAGGAAGAGGAGACGUGACUCCCCCAGCUUCAUGGAGCCCAGAAGAAUUACAAGUGCUCGCAAGCGUCCAAUCCCCUACUACAGACCCAGCCCUUCCUCUUCCAGCUCCCUGAGCAGCUACUCAUACAGCCGGAGCCGGAGUAGGAGCUAUGACAGCUACAGCACCAGCCGCAGCCGGACUCGCAGUCCUCCAAGCCGCUCCCGGAGCCAGAGCCGGAGCCCUAGCUACAACAGCCACAGCAGCUCAGAGAGCGCUGGGUUCUGAGCCAGCCAGGGCAGGAGUGGCCCACUGGAACCAUCACCACCACCACACACAGCUGCACGCCCCCUCCCUCCGUCCCCUCUCCUCCCAUCCAGCCUGCCCCACUGUUUGGCCUGGGCCACCCAGGCUGCAGCCAACACCAGCCUCUGCACCCAUCCUGCAUCCUGGUCCAGAGGGAGCCAGCUGUGGCAUGGUGAGACCCAGGGGAGCCAGGAGCUGUGGCUUCUGGGAAGGAGGGCAAGGAGCAACCAAGGCAGCUGCUAAAAGAUGGACCUCAAGUGUGGAGGGAGGGGGUCCAGACUCCUGCCCAACAGUGGCAGUCCCCUAUCAUUGCCCUCCAGGAAGGCAUCUAUGAGAAGGUGCAGCAGGCCAAGAGGAUGUGCUUCCCAGGGGGGACCCUGGCAACUGGACAGACAAGACCCCCAUCAGCUACUGGGGUGGGGUGAAGCAAACUCCAAAACUUGGAUUUUGGGAGGGGGUGGGGGUGGGGGGUGUCUUCUCAUUUCUACAAGCAAACACCAGGGUGGGGGAGGGGAGGGGAGGGGAGGGGCAGAAUCAGGGCAGGCAGAGCAAGGGAACAAAGCGCUUAACAGAGACCAUGGACUGGAUCCCUGAGAGGGAGGGAGCCUUCCUGAACAAAGGAGCUUGCAGAAGCGUGGAAGGUUUGGUUUGGGCUGCAUCUAUUUAUUUUGCUCAAGCCUGUCAGAGACAUUCGUGCUUUAUUUCCUUUAUUUUUUGAGCACAAUUAUAUAAUGGAGGGAUUCAUUAAGGGGAGGGGGAGGGGCAGGGGUGGGAAGAAGUGGGGUUGGGGGGAAUCAGCGUGAGGUGUCAGGGGACACUCAGUCAGAGGGACUGAUGAAAUCUGGAUAAGAGAACCAGAUCUCACUGGAUGCUGGCACAGAAGAGGAUUUGCUUCUUCCAUGUACAAUCACUGGCUGAUCUGGACUGUCUCUAUUCACUUGGAGAUGGCCAACUCUAGGGGAGGAGACACAAAGCAGGGUGUCCCCCAUCUCUCAGCACCGUACAGCUCCCAAUGCACUCAGAGCCUCAGAUGAACAAAGAUGUCCUCCACCACGGAAGCAUCCAGCAAGGGGUGUCCAUGCUGUCAGCCAGCCUGUGAUAAAUCCUGUGGGAGGAAAGAUGUAUGUAUGACUUUCAGUAUCCUCCACGCAAUUAGUGAUGUCAAGUCUUUCCAGAUGUGUUUGGAAGGCCCCAGCUGUGCAAGUAAAUGCUGCUAUCUCAUAGGUUCAUGGCUUGACCCAAGGAAUCCCAGACAUCCAGCACAAGAUCUGGUCAAUAGGGUGAAGAACCUGUCAUUGUAAACUGUCACCAGGAGGAUGACCCAUUCACAGCACAUUGAGUUGUGACAGCUCCUUUGAAUAUUGCACCCAAAAAAAAGCAGCACUUUGCCUGUGGACAUCCCCUCUCCAGCAGAAAGUGUCCUCACUCCAGGAGUGGCCCGGCAGAACUUCCAGGAGUCAUGGUCUUAGGGCACAAACAACACGCUUUGGAUGACAGUGAUGAGACACUGCUAAUGAGGGACUCAUGCAGGGGUGGGUUCUCCAACAUAGCCAGUUAUCUCUGAGGCAGGAGGUUCAGGAGAUUAACAGAGGUUAAUCAUUCCUCAAUCAUUCCUGGUGCUGCUUCCAUGGGAUUGCCUUCUCCAUCUGGAGGGUUUUUAUGCCUCGUAAAGAACAAAACCGGUGCUGCAGUGCACAUUUCGCUGCCCAGAUGGAGCUUGGUCUUGGAAAACAUCUACACUCUAAGAGGCAGAUGUUGCAUGGAGGUGAGCUGUUAUUCCAGGCUGUGAACAGGACUGCUUAGAAAACCAGAAUUCCAGUUUGCAAGAAAAUUUGACGUUAGAAAGCAAAGCUUUUUUAAAAAUUCCCAAAUAAAUUAAACCAAAAGCGAUAUCCCAGUCUAGUCAGUAGUAAGGUAAGGAGAGGACACAUCUGGGAGACCUGGGGUUGAGCCUGUGGUCUGAAUCUAGCAGAGCUGGGGACUUGAAUCCACAUCUCAAGCCUGGCAGUGAACCUGGUCUGACAUCUGCUGGCUUUGACCACGUUCCAUCCUCAGGCUGAGAAACUUUCCCCUCAAAAAUUCAUCGAAUCCAACAUGUUUGCACAGAACGUUUCAGGUUCAAUAAACUGACAUUUAUCCAACCAAAGAGCAUUUUAUCAAAAAAAUCCCAAGCAGUAAGGGAACCUAGGUGGUUCCAGUGAUUGAAGUAGGUGUGUAAGGACUAGAUUGGAGAAGGAGAGCAAUAGUCACUCCCUCCUGAUUGCUCUUUUCUGUGACUCAUGAUGCAUGACUCCGCACUUAUGGUUGCCCAGUGGCCCAGCUUCAAUAGGAGGAAUGUGAGAACCCCACCCAGCCUGGUGGGUGAGACACCCUCUUGGAAAGUGGCCACACUGGGUGAGGCAGGGCUAAGAAUCCAGAUCUCCAGCUUCCUAGGCAAUUCUCUUACAGCUGGGCACCUCUGCCAUUGUUCAGGGGGCUCUGUGCUUCAUGCUGAAGGAGGUGGUGCUGUCAGGCAUUCUGGGUCAGGUAGGCACCUCCCUCCUGAGCAGCUAGGUGAACUGAAUCUCGCAAGAGUCCCUUAGAACUCUGCAUUGGCUACAUGGAAGCUGAGCUGCCUCAGCCUGUGGAUCUGGAUCACCCUCCUGGGACCUGGAACUGCAAUUUUAGGCACAGCCACAUCUAAAUGGAGGCACCUACAAAGUCAAUGCGGUCCCCUUAUGCUCACCAGUGUAAGAUGAGGGUUGUGUCUGGCCCUUAGCAUCAUGGUGAAAGAUUGUGGAACCAUUAUGGAACCCCACUGGGGACAAGGCAGAUGCAAAGCUGUUAGCCUACAAGGGAGUUAUCAAACCCAUGUCAUCGACUGAUGUGCUUUAGAAGGGCAUUUGAAUUGUUGGGAGCCAGAGGAGAAAGCACAUAGACUAUUGUUUUGGGCUCAUGGAGCCAGCUGGACAGGGUUUAGAUGUGAGUCCUGUCCUGCCUCUAUCCCUGCCCUGCUGACAGUGGUAGGUCACUGACCAUCUCUGUGCCUCAGCUUCCCUUUGUCUUCCCUUUUUGGAUUGCAAGCUGUGUACAGCAGGGUGUCAAACAUGGCGUACCAGGCUACUGACAGGCCACUGGAAGUUGGCCACUGGAAGAUGGAUGGCAUGAGGCAUGAGUAAGGGCUGACAGUCCUGGUCACCUUCUGGCCGCUUCACCCAUCACUGCCACUGUGACCACAGAUCCACAUCUACUGGCUCUGCUUCCACCACUGCUGCCACACUGGAUGAUAGGCUGGACUUGCCACCAUUGUGUGCUCCAUGCUAGACCUGGAGCUGCCACCCCAGCAUGAAACAUAUCAGGAGCAACUGCCCCAACUCUGGCAUGGGGCAUGCAGCAGGAGCCACCCUGGUCCCCAGGCUGAACCCCGACCCACAAGCAAUACCUGUUGUACAGACCUGGCCCAGGGCAGAAGGUGAGUUUGAUACCCCUGGUGAAUGGCAAAGAUUUUGGUCACUCAUUGUCCAUAUGGGAGCCCAGUGCCUGUAGAUUUUCUCUUAAUGCUGGUAACAACAAACACCCUGCAGCUUUAAGAGAAGAAGGCCAAAAUCCCGAGGUGGCUAUAGGAAUGCUGAUUGCUUUGAGCUCUGCCUUCAUAUGAUGCUUGUACAGGCCCGCUGUUACUAAAGUCAGACCCUUUAUAGCUGACAUGUAACCACUCUCCCCCAGCAGGAACCUCUCCAGAAUAUCGUCUUCUGAAGUCAAGUGCCAUGUCAUUAAGCCUCUCCCAUCUUUUUUCAUCAGCCUUUACCUGUUGCCUAGGGCCUAGAGAGCAGUAUAGCUCACAAGUCCUAAAGGUGGGCCUAAGUAACACUUCUGUAUUGGGUGACAUUGUCCAAGGUUCAGAAGAAUACCUAUG